GCUUCUCAGCCCAAAAGGCUGCCGGCAUCGUGUAUAGUAAGUCGUUCAGCGAGAUAACGGACGAGUCCGUAUCAACGAAUUUCACGGUUGGUUCCGAGAGCGACCUGGCUGGCGACUUUGAUGACUCAGAAUGGGAAGUCCCAAACGAGUCAGCUGACACGAGAAAGCCGCCGGCAAGCUUCCGAGUGUCUCGGGAACCGCCGCGAAAUACCCUAUCCAACCAGGAGGUUUUGGUGGACUCCGGCUGCCUCCAGCGACGCCGCCAGAUCACUUGGUGGCGUCGAGACCGUCUCCGCGACUACCUCUCACGCCAUGGCUUCGGUGGCGUGAACGAACCCCGAAGUUGGCAAAUCCCCGAUGAGGAGACGUUGUUUCCUCUGCAUUUUGCAGCACAGAGUGGCUGUCACCGUAUGGUCCACCAGCUUAUCAAAGAAGGGGCAGACGUCCACAAGAAAACAUCCCUUGGGCGAACCGCGUUGGAGCUGGCAACAGAGGCAGAUGCCUCUGGCUCCCAUCGCAUGGUCAUAGACCUGCUCAGCGGACGAUGGAACAUCAUGAAAUUGCGCGACCUUCGAAG